AUGGACAAUCAAAAAUAUGAUGAACUAUCAGAUGAUAGUUCUAUAUCGUUGGAAAAUGUUGAAGAUCUGAUUUCUAUUACCAGCAACAUUAACUUGACUGAAAAUAUACCAAAGGCCAAUGUCGAAGAAGAUUCUUCUACACAAGAAGAGGAAAUCAGUAUUAUGAGAUCGACUAAAGCUAGAAUCUCACAAAUGUAUAAGCAAGUCAACAAAAAUUACAGAGACAAUUUUCCGGUUUGUGGAGACGCUUCCAAUUCAAAUCAAGAACUGAGUCUGCCACAAAUAUAUAAAGAAAGGCUAUUAAUGAACCAAGAUCACUGUAAUGUUUUUUCCGAACUAUGGAAGCAUGUUAAACCUGUACAAAAGAAGAAAAUUGAUUUGAACGACUAUAAGUUUACUGUAAAUAGUUUAUACCAAGAUAUACCAAUUUUGAACUCUACAAUGGAGAGACAAACGCGCAGUCAGCGAUACAUCAAGAAAAACAGUUUAGGAAGGAACAUUGCUCUAUCGAAUACUUUAAACGCAAAAACUAAUCUUCUUGAAGACACUAUAUAUGAAUGUUCUGAUGAAAACAGCAACCAAAACUCUUUAACUAACAUUUAUUUUAAUCCAAUAUACUCCUCAUUACCAUUACAAAGCUACCAUACCACAAAUCCUUCACAAUUGACUUUAUAUGAUAGAAGAAUGAUUGAAGGCCACAGAAGGCUCAAACCGAAAACAGAGAAAUAUGUAAUUAGGCACAUUAGAAUUAGGAUAAUGCUAUCGCUGCGGAUGGGAAAGAUACAGAAAAUAAACAAAAAUGGUAAGAUAAAAAAGAAGACGUUUUUUGGAAUGCGUAGGUGUAAAAAAGGUUUCGACCAGAAUGAAAAUGUAACAAUGCGAGUGGCAAGAAUUCAUGAUGAGCAGAGAAGAAUUGGAAAUGGGAAAACGUCAGUCAAGAUUCAAAAUAUGAGAUACGGUAGAUUAAACGUUCUACGCUGGCUUCUUUGGGAAGCGGAAUCCCGCGAAGACAUGCCGGCCUUGGAGAAAGUCGCGGCCAACAAUACGACACUGGCACUGCAUUAUGCAGCGGCUAGAGGAUGUUUGGAUUGCGUUCGCUUGUUAGUGGAUUCAUCACCGGAAUUAAGUCACACUCUUGAACCAAAUUUAUAG